ACGAAAACGUUUUGGUGACCUAGAAGCGUAAAACCGUAAGUUUUUAAAUUUUAAAGCGCGAUUUUAACUACAUUGGGUAGGAGUGCCCCUUCUUGCGCUCUGAUUAAUAAAUAAAAAAUUUACACAAUAAUUUUUUUAAUUAAACAUCGACAUUUAUAUUGUAAUAUUUAUAAAUGGAAUAGGGAUUUUAUAAGGAAAAGAAAAGUUGAAGAAAUAAUUGCGUGCGGAUAAUCCCACACCACAUGUCGGUUGUAUUUGUAUAAGACUACAAAGUUCCAUUCCAAAACGCAUCGGGCUGGCGAUAAAGAAACAAAACAGAAGGCCAGUAACCAAAACAAAACAGCAGACCUCACCAUAGGAACGGUGGGGGCGCGACCUCUCUAUAACAACCCAUCAGGAGAGAGAGCAGGAGACUGUUCCAUUCAAACAUAAAAAAUAAGAAAGCACUCAUAAAUAAUAAAUCGCCUUAAAAAUAGGGAGAAAGCCAGGAAAAUUGAUUUAUUUAAAGCAAGUAGAAAGGGAAUGAAAAAGCUGAAAUUGAUUCAAGUUUGAGAUCCGCAUUCUGAACAUCCCGAAGAAGAAGAAGAACGGCGAGCCAACCAAACAGCUCUCUCUCUCUCUCUAGAGGAAGGAGCACAACAACCGGCCGAGUAACCGGAGCUUCUACAGCUCCACCGUUGUGGCGGCGUAUGAUAAUAACUAUACAGCAAGUUUCGGAGGGCUGAAAUCCAUCUCCACCGCCCGUUCUACCCCGUUUUCCCCCACGUGGAUGGGCCAGUCAAGUUCCACGGCUGCCGUCGCGAGCCGCCGGGACACCAACCUUAGCCACCGCUUCAAGUUCAAAUCCUCCUUCUCCACCUCGUCGCCGAUUAAAGGCGGCGGCGACGACAACAACGCCGAAGAUUUCAUGGUCUUCGAGGCGCCUGAUUACAUAUCGGAUCUGCCGGAUGAGUGCUUGGCCGUCGUUUUCCAAUCGCUGAGCUCCGCCGACAGGAAACGAUGUUCCAUGGUCUGCCGCCGGUGGCUCAUGAUCGAAGGCCAGAGCCGCCACCGCCUCUCCCUCAACGCGCAGGCCGAUCUCCUCACCUUGGUGCCGAAGCUGUUCACUCGCUUCGAUUCCGUCACCAAGCUCGCCCUGAAAUGCGAGCGCAGAUCCACGAGCAUCGGCGACGAGGCCCUCACGAUGAUCUCUUUCCGAUGCAGGAACCUCACGCGCCUCAAGCUCCGCUCGUGCCGCGAGGUCACCGACGCCGGGAUGGAGGCCUUCGCCAAGAACUGCAGGUCGCUGAAGAAGCUCUCCUGCGGAUCUUGCAACUUCGGCGCCAAAGGUAUGAACGCCAUCCUUAACAACUGUGCAUCUCUGGAAGAGCUGUCCGUGAAGCGGCUCCGCGGAAUCACCGACGGAGCCGCGGCGGAGCCGAUUGGUCCCGGUCUAGCCGCGUCUUCCCUCAAAACGAUUUGCUUAAAGGAGCUUUACAACGGACAGUGUUUCGGCCCGCUCAUAAUCGGGUCAAAGAAUCUCAGAACCUUGAAGCUUUUCAGAUGCUCUGGGGAUUGGGAUAAGGUUCUGCGGGUGAUUCCCGAUCGGGUUUCCGCGCUGGUCGAGAUCCAUCUCGAGAGGUUGCAGGUUAGUGACGCUGGCCUGACGGCAUUAUCUACUUGCCUCAGUUUGGAAAUCCUGCACCUGGUUAAAACUCCGGAGUGCACGAAUUUCGGCUUGACAUUGGUUGCAGAGCAGUGCAAGCUGUUGAGGAAGCUUCACAUUGAUGGAUGGAAGGCCAACCAUAUCGGCGACGAUGGACUGAUAGCAGUUGCCAAGCACUGCCCUAACCUGCAAGAAUUGGUUCUCAUUGGAGUCAAUCCAACCAAGAUCAGUCUGGAAACCCUAGCAUCCAACUGUCCAAACCUAGAGCGACUAGCCUUGUGCGGAAGCGAUACUGUUGGCGAUGCAGAGAUCUCUUGCAUUGCUGCAAAAUGCGUAGCACUGAAGAAGCUCUGCAUCAAGAGUUGCCUUGUGUCGGACGAAGGGAUGAGAGCCCUGGCAACUGGUUGCCCCAAUUUGGUGAAAGUGAAGGUGAAGAAGUGUAGAGGGGUGACUUGUGAUGGUGCAGAAUGGUUGAGAGCGAGUAGAGAAUCGCUUGCGGUGAAUUUGGACAGCGGUGAAGUGGAGCAUCAAGAUGCAAAUGCUAGUGGUGGUGGUGGUGGUGGGGUGCAGGAUAAUGGGGCUGAGAAUCCUCCUCAGGCAGGGCUGAAUCAAAUGCCGCCUGUAGCGCCUUCGAUUGCUGGUGGAUCGAGGAGUACUGCGCGUUCAACUUCAUUCAAAGCGAGGUUAGGGCUAUUGGGUGGGAGGGGUAUAGUGGCUUGCACUUUGAGAAGAUGGUCUAGUGGCAAUGGCGGGUCUCAAAGCUAAUACGAUGUCUCCUGAGACGAAAGUUUCGGAACAUCACGGGCGAGCGGGGCUUAUUGAAACUGUUGACAUGCUUCCGCUUUGUUUUACAUUCGUUUUUGUUGUUGUAUCGUAUCAUCUGAUUCUAUCUUUUCUUUUCGGUGUAUGUAAGCUGAAACUGGAAACUGCGUGGCUGUUGUAUUGCAUUCAUAAUUGAAUCUUUUAAAUUUACUGCAAAGGAUGAUGCAAGCUAAUAGAUGAUUACAGUUCAU